AUGGCAUUGAUCAUGGAUUUUCUGGUUCGGCUGGUGGGCAGUCGAAUUUUGUUCCAGGAACGCCGUCAUUGCGCUGUGUUGAUCAACGUCGUUUCGAGGAACUUUAAUCAAUAUAGAGUUCAAGUCAUAUUAGUCCAAACACCUCAGGGGCUACACUGCCGUACAACAAGACAAACCAAAAUGCAUAUCUCUACUAUCUCAACCCUGGGCCUCCUCCUCAGCCUCCCCUUGGCUGCCGUUGCACAAUCGCGAUGCCAAUCGGACAUGAUCACCACCGAUAAAGACAAAGAAUAUAGCGUAGCGGUCAACUUCGACAGCGCCUCGAAAAAGUACACCGCAACAGUGACGCCUGGCGACAUGUCUCUUACCAUUCCUGCCUUAAGCAUCACCAACAACGGCGGAUACAAGCGACUUUUCUGUCUUGCCAGUGAGCCGGACAGACCACGAUCUGAUGACAACUCUAGUGUCGACACUGAGAGCGCUAUCGCAUAUCUAUGUGCUACGGCAGCUUUCAUCGUCACCGCAGAAUAA